CUCUUCUGGGUGCCCAAUUUUGCGUUCGGCACUUCUGCUGCUGACACCAGACGUUCAGUCUAGCCUUGGAACUUUAUCGUUCUUUCUCCUCGGUUCUUACCAUCCUCGACUUCCUCACGAAAAACAAAUUAUUUUUCCUUUUCUCUGAGCGCCGUGUUUCAUCCAUCUAUCUCGCCCACCCCCUCACCCACUCUAACUAACACACUCUCCGCCCACCAUGGGUCUUUUCAAGCGCAAAGACUCUAAGAACUCGAUCCAGAGUGAAAAGGAUGAGCAGGAAUCCUUUGCCUCCGCCAACAGUGCCCGUACCUCGAGUGCAUCGUUGAGAUCCCCUGGGUAUAAGGGAAGCGGGUUGCCUGCCUCCAUACCAGAGAUGCCGAUUGCCAAACCGCCCGAUCCAGCCCUGGAUCCCGCAGCUUAUCUGCGGAGCAUCCACGCCGUCCGCGAAAGAUGCUCAUACGUUCUCAACAAGGCGAAGAGAAACAGACUCAACCACUUUGAUGUUGAUAUGAGCAAAUUCAUUGCCACUGCCUCGUACAUUGUUUCUAUCAUCAAGAGAGACUAUGCUCCCGACUACGACGCGAUUCCUCCUCAUGGACGCUGGCAGCACUUUGACGUGGGUGGUCGACCCCGCGUCAACCAACUGCUUCAGUCCUGGCCUAGUACUAUUGACGCGCAAGAACGGACCCGUCGGCUGAUCGAUCUGUUUGUCGUCUCCGUUCUUCUUGAUGCGGGCGCAGGGAACGGAUGGUCCUACAAAUCCAAGGAGUCGGGCAAGAUCUACUCUCGCAGCGAAGGCUUGGCAGUAGCUACGUUGGAGAUGUUCAAGAGUGGCUUGUUCAGCAGCGACCCCACAGAACCCUGUCAGGUGGACGGCGCUGGGCUGAAGAAGAUUACCGUGGAGGUGCUUGCUAAGGGAAUGCAACACUCGGAGCAGAACCCGCUUGCAGGCAUUCAAGGUCGCGCUGGCCUCUUGAUCCGACUUUCUGAAGCUUUGAACAACCAAGACUUCUUCGGCGUCGAUGCGCGACCCGGAAACUUGCUAGAUUACCUUCUUUCCCACCCGUCCACACUCGCCUCGUCCGUUCCGAUCGUUCCUAUCACCACCCUCUGGAGUGUGCUCAUGGAUGGACUCACCCCGAUCUGGCCUCCCUCGAGAACGCAGAUCGACGGCCUUUCUAUCGGAGACGCAUGGCCCUGCUCUGAUCUACCUAAAUCGCCACCCGCACAGCCCUGGGAGAACAUCGUCCCGUUCCACAAAUUGACGCAAUGGCUCUGCUACUCCAUCAUGGUUCCCAUGUCGAAAUUGAUGAAGAUCCACUUUGCGGGCAGUGAACUGUUGACGGGUCUUCCCGAAUAUCGCAACGGCGGCCUACUGAUUGAUAUGGGACUGUUGAGUCUGAAGGAGAAAGACCUGGAGCGCGGGCUCACGGCAUACAGAGAGAAUGCUCAGAUCAAAGGACAGCCAAACGUCGAGGUUGUGCCCCUUUUCUCGACGGAUGAUGAUGUGGUGGUGGAGUGGCGCGCCGUCACUGUUGGCUUCCUAGACGAGCUGCUGUCAGAAGUCAACGGGCAGCUGGGGCUGGUAGGAGAAGACCAGUUGACACUCGCACAGAUGCUAGAGGCAGGCUCAUGGAAGGGUGGUCGCGAGAUUGCCGAAGUAUCCAGGCCCAAUACGAAGGAGCCUCCCAUCAUGAUACGCUCGGACGGCACUGUUUUCUAAUGAUCGCAUACCUCGUUGAUUUCCUGGAUACCUGACUCCGCCAGCUCGCGUUUGCUGAUUACCUUACGGCUGGUGGAAGUGCUUAUGACUUUGAUGACCGGAUAUUCCUUCGCCUUGUUACAUAUUUACUGUUCUCCCCCUCUGUGUGUGAAGAACACCAUUCGGGUCGGUUCUGGACUGGAACACCUUGAAUUUUAUACCUAAUUGGCGUCUGCUGUACAUUUGUUUCUACUAGGGGGGGAUACUGAUAUUUUACUUUUCAUGUACACAUGGAUAUUGGUCUGUACAUUCUACAUCAAUCAUUACAGGGUAAUGAAUCCGAAAGAAGUCGC